UUCCACAAAUUCCUUUCUUUUGGUUGAAUCUUUACUUCUUCAACUUCCUCUUCUUCUUCUUCAUCAUCGUCCUCUUCCUCAACAUCCUCCUCCUCUUCAACUUCCUCUUCUUCUUCAUCAUCAUCAUUCACACCUAUAUUCCCACUAUCAUCUUCACAUUCAAGAAGCAAAGAAGGUUCUUCUGGUUCAACAUCAGAUAUGGAAGGAGGAGGUUCUUGUUUAAUCUAGAAUAAUUUAAAAAAUUAAGUUAAGAUUAUUACUAGGAAAAAUGAUAACUACAGAUGAAGAUAUUUAAUAUUAAGACAACAUACUAAUAAGUUAUUUAAUAUCAUAGUAAUAAAAAAAAAUUACUUCUCUUUUGAUGAACGGCAUUACUGCUUCGGGAGAAACCAUUACACAUGCUUCUUUCUCUCCAAAUAUAUCUAGUGAAGGAGAUGUUCUGAGUGAGCCCCAACCACCCCAGUCAUCUACGCCUCCUAGCCCAGAACCCAGGGGAUCUUUAAGCUCAAGAUCUAGUUCCAAAGAUAAUUUGAUAUCUCCAUCCAGCAUUUCAUCCAGGGGUGUCAACAACUCCCCACCAACUCCAAAAUACAUUUCCAUCCUACAAUACAAUCAUAUCAUUAAUGAACUUAAAUUAAACAUACACAUUUCCAUUCAUGAAAAUGAUAUUAACAGUACAUGAAGAGGAAAAACUUAAUUUAAUUCAGAAAUCAAAAUCUACCUGGGGAUCUAUCAUUAAUAUAAUAUAAUAAAUAAUAAUACAUGAUUAAUAGUGGUUAAAAGCAGAUACCUCAACAAAAUACAGCAGCGGUGACAUUAUAACUACUAGAGCUGACAACAAUAAUUAAAACAGAAUUACAAGACCAGUGGAAUUUAUUACAGAAUUUCAAUAUAUGGCACACAAACUUCAAAAGAUGUAUACAUUAAAAUGGAUAUUAAAAAUUGUACCAACUUAUUUUGACCGUACUGUUAGAUAAAAUUAUGUUAACAAAUUAAAUUAAAAACAAUCAACAUACUGAAAAGAUCAGUAAUGGAUCAUUUCAGAUAAAAAGAUACAAAUUCAAAACUACAAUCUUGCUUUCUGACCACAAAUCAGUGACAUUAUAAAAAUAUAUUACAAAAGAAAUCAGCAAAUAAAUUAUUUCACAAAACUCUUUUAAUUUUUUAUAGUAAUAAAAAAAAAAUUAAACAGUAAAAAAGGAGGAUCCCUAUAUGUAUAUAAAAAAAAAAAUUUAAUGACUAUAUUUCUCCAAAAAAUUAAAUAAUUUAAAAUGUAUUAAGUUGAACUAUGAUUAAUUGGGAAAAGUAUGAUUCAUAUUUGUUUUAAGUUCAUUGAGUAACAGAAGGGGCCUGAGUAGUGAAUAUAGUCAAGAGAAUCACCACCAGAUCAAUACUUUCAAGCCCCACCCACUUUCAUCCCCACUCCUUGAUAACAGUAUGUUAUCCAAACGCUGUGUACACAUUUAAUAAAACGAAAAUAAAAAUAAAGAAAAUUAUCUAAUGAAAAGCAAAUUUCAAGAAAUAAAUAUAAACGCAAUCACAUAAAACUUUAAAAUUCAGCGGUAAUAAAAAUAUAAACGUUUUAAAUUUUUAAUAAAAUAAUUACUAUAAUGAAUCAUUAUUUAAGCAUGCAUGCAUGCAACUGACAUUAACAUUAGAAAUAUAUUUCUAUUUUAUUCAAAUAUUACAAAAUUGAAUAAAGCAUUUGAUUUCCCCGGGAUCACUAUAAUGGCGGCAAAUAUGGAAUUAUUGAUAGUUACGAAAUAAUUCAGAUAAAAUUAAAUUAAGAUCAAUCUCGGUAGAAAUUAAAUAAUUAAGAAAUUAGAUGUACAAUAAUCCUUGAAUUUAAGUGCACUGAACUUAAAAGACUCCAUUAGGUUGCCAGGGGCAACGAUCCGAGUAGUGUGUUGACCUUGAAGAGAUUCCCGCCUAACAAAACGAAAACAUCAUAACCUUAUCCUAUUGAUAUUAAACUUUAUCUAUCAUUUUUAACUACAAUUUCAAGCCUAGAUUACCAGGAAACCGUUUGACAGUCAUAAAGGGACACAAAUUGGCUCUAAAACACUUCCUAAAAAAUUAGGGUUUUCACAGUUCUCUUAGCACCGACGUGUUUUCGGUUUAACAGUAUGAAAAACACAUCAAACAUUUUUUCCAAAUAUUAAAAUUAACUAACCUUAAUAGUUGAUCAGUUCUCUAUGUUUUAACGACUAUAUUGGAGCAAAAUAAUGAUAUUACAGUAAAAUACACGGGAGUCCCCUUAGUUUCGGCAGUCACAGGCUAAGAUGGCGGGCUACUGAACGUUGUCCCGGGUCCCCACUCCACGAUUCAAAAGUAGUGGCUCUCAUUGGUCAGUUUCGGCGGUAAAGUAGUUAAAUGCCUGUUGAUUGGCUGUUCCGUUUACUGGACCCAAACAUGUCCGCCCUACCCUCCAACCUAUUAUGAAGAUUAACAGCAACAAUAAAAUUUACUAGAGGUGUUUCACUUCCCGGUCAAGAAAUUUCAAAAUAUUAGCUGUUUCACGUAUAAAAUUGGAAAAAAUAACGAAAUAGUAACAUGGACUGGUGAUUCUGACCAUCAAUAAUAUUAAAUAUUGCCGGUAUCAAUAAACAAACCCCCCCACUACUUAAGUGUGUCCACCCCCUGAACUAUGAUAUUUUAGCAAUAUUUUAUUUUUAUAAUUGAAUCAUAAUUCAAUUUAUAAUAAGACAACUUUAAAUUUUAGUUAAUUUUAAAACUUUAAAGCAAUUUAUGGAAGUUUUUUUUCUAUUGUUCAAAAUAUCUAUCAUGACCAACUGAAUAGAGCUUUAGCAUUUCAUUAACCUUAUGUACUGUUAACAAGGAUUAAGAAUAAUAAGCAUAGUGAAGACUGGUAGAGGUAGUCAGAAGUUGGAUAAUGUUUUAAAUGAGUCAGAAAAUCUCACAAAAUGGCUCGAAAUGCAGAGAAAGCUAUGACUACUUUGGCUCGAUGGCGGGCUGCUCAAUUAGGGGAAGGUGAUCAAGCCAAACAAAGAAGACCAUAUUUAGCAUCUGAAUGUACUGAUCUUCAGCAAGCUGAAAAAUGGAGAAUGCAAAUCAUAAGAGAAAUAGCUCGUAAAGUUUCUCAAAUUCAGAAUGCUGGUCUUGGAGAGUUUAGAAUUCGUGAUUUAAAUGAUGAAAUCAAUAAACUACUGCGAGAAAAAGGGCAUUGGGAAGCACAAAUUCGAGAACUUGGUGGUCCAGACCACUCAAGGUCUGGGCCUAAAAUGCUGGAUGCUGAAGGAAAAGAAGUGCCAGGAAAUAGAGGCUACAAAUACUUUGGUGCAGCAAGGCAACUUCCUGGAGUUAGAGAGUUGUUUGAGCAGGCUCCUCCUCCACCUCCGCAUAAGACACGUGGGGAACUAAUGAGAGAUAUUGAUGCCUCUUAUUAUGGUUAUAUGGACGACGAAGAUGGAAUCAUUAUACCACUAGAAGAAAUUGAGGAAACUAAAGCUAUUAAAAAAGCUGUAGCAGAAUGGACUGUAAAAAAGGAAAAAUCAAUGGAAAUAGACGAAGAAGAAAAAGAAGAAGUCGAAGAAGAUAACAUCUACAAAGCAGCAGGAAAUAAAGAGGGCGGAGAAGAUGAUGAAGAGGAAGAUGCAGGGGAAGACGAUGGGUUUGAACUGAGUGCUAAGUUACUGGAAGGGUACAGAGCUCAUAUUCCUGUUCCUUCACAAAGAGAGGUGGAAGCCGCAAUUCUUGAAAGGAAAAAACAAGAACUUCUGGAGAGAUAUGCUCUCUAGAUUGAUAAGUGUAAUUUUUAUUACUUUUUGUCAAAAAUAUUUAUAUUUGCAGAUUUUUAACAUCCUCAUAAACUGGAAAUGUUCUGUGUAAUAUAAUCUAAAUUGAAAUUUGUAAAGUUUCAUUUUCUGUAGGCCCAUAGAAAUUAUGAUCAAUAAAUUAUACAUUUUUUGGAUUUAAGGGAAAUAUUAUUAAUGUACAUAGUUCAUAAAAUGCAUAUAUUUUCUAUUGGAAUCAAAUAUAUUUACAAUUUAUUUUUGAUAGUAUGAAAUGUGUUUUGAACUGAAAACCAUGUUUUCUUUUAUGCAUUAUUUUAAUUGUACAGAUUGUAUAAAUAUGUGUAUAUUAUUAUUUAAAAUAAUAUUUGUUUUGUUUUUUAAUCUGUAAAUAAAAAAAGUUUUCUAUAAGUUUUUUGUUGCAAUCCUUGUUAUUACUGAAUCAGUUGGUGAGCUCCUUUGCAAUUCUUCCUCACUAAUAUUGUAUUCUUUUUGAACAGCCUUUAGGUCUACUAAUGUGCCAAGCUUCUCCAAAUUUAUUAUGUUACCAUUUAUCUGAAAUAAAAUAAUAUAGCAUUAAAUAAUGAUUUCAUAUUAAUCAUUCCAGUAUGCUACUUCGAAGGGGCAAUUCCCUAUUUAAAUUUACAAGAAAAGAGGGCGAUCAGAGACCUCCAUUGAAGAAAUAAUAAAAAACAAAAUUACUUAUUGGUUUGUGUCAUAUGGUCAAAAUGAGAGAACCCAAGAUAACAACGGAAGCUAGAUUUAUAGAUCACAAAGCCACUACCUGGAAAGUUUAGAUUAUUUGCACAAUGUUUUUGAAGGUGCUGAACACAAAUUUUAGAGUCAGCCACCUCAGUUUAUUCUCAGCUAGAAACUUAUUUUGAAUAAAAAAUGUGAAAAAUUGAGUUUUACCCAUUCUUUGCUAAAUAUCAUGGAAACUAGAGUGAAAAAAAAAUGUACAUAUCUUUAUUAAAUUGUAGUAAAUUUACUAAAAUUAGAGCUCUAUUAAGUUUACUAGUUCCCAAGAUGCAGUUUUUCAAAACAAUCGCUAUCCAUACAAAUUUAAAAUGAAUUUAACUAGCUUCAUUUUGAGCGCUGAUAGACACUUGUAUGGCCAAUAGUCUCGGAUAUAUUUUAUGUUUGCGUUGAAUCGUUAAAAUGUUUUUAAUGAUCCAUCAAAGUCAAAAAAAUGUCCAAUAGUAGCCAUUUUUUAAUUUAAUGAGUUAUCGACUGCAUUGAUAACAUUAAUUAAAUUAAAAUAAAUAAUUAAGUUAUUAACUCUUGAUGUAAAUAAGAGUUAAUUAUAGGAUUUUGUUAAAAGAACAAAAAUUGUUAUAUUACAAAAUAAAACCUUAUAUAUUACCAGAAUCAAUCCUUGGCAAAUGAAUAAUUCUGUAAAAUCUCUAACCAAACGAGUGUAUUUUCAUGACCAGAUUUAGCUUAAUCAAUUAUAAUGAUAAUCUUAUGGUAGACAAUCUAACUGGUAACAGCUAUACAUACAUUAUAAGAGAACAAAGCAAUGGCAAACAGCUUGCAUAAAAAAUACUAUUCAAUUUUUUAAUUACUAUUAGAACUUUGUUAAGGCUGUUGCUACCCCUUAGCAAUAUUUUUUCAUUUUAAUCUGAAUCAUUGAAUGGCAUGUACAAUUUAAAUCAUACAAAUACUUUUAUAAACAAAAUAUUUCCUCGCUAGCCAUAACAGUUAGCUUGAUAGUGAGGUAUUAGUUAAAAAAAAAAAAAAUAAUAGUAAUAAUUUUAAGAUUAAUUCACCUUAGGCAGUUCUGCUUUCAAAUCUUCCUCAGAACCAAUAAUAGCUAUUAACGCGUUGGUAUCAUUUUCCUGCAAACCAAACUUCACCAAAGAUUUGCUAAUAUGUUUUGAUACUGACAAGUUAUACAAUAACUCAGUGUUAAUAUUUCUAGUUACUAGUUUAUUACGAGAUCGAGCAAGGCAAGCUUUAUCAGCUGCAACUGCUAUUUGAAAAGGAUCUACAACCAGAGAUGGUGUUAUACAACAACACCUUAUAGACUGUUCCAUAAUUUUCUUUUUUAUUUCCAAAUUUUCAGUAAUAUUGGAUAGUAAGCAUAUAGACAGAAUCUCUCCUGUACCUAACUUGUAACUUCUGAACAUAUUGAAAAAAUUGAAAUAGUUUCAGGAAAAAUAUUUUAAGAUUAGUUAAAAAUUCUCUUUUAGGGAACUAAAAAAAAAUAAUUGCUUUCAAUCUUUAGCCUUCCAUGGUAGUGAGAAGAGAUUAUUUCAAAAAUUAAACAAAACUGUUUACUUAGCACCUAUUCCGCUAUAACCUCCUCCUAA